GUUUUUGGAUGUAAUUUUGUCCAAUAAAAAAUCUACACACAUUUCCAUCCAAAAACAAUAGCAGCAGCUUUGACCAUUUUUCUGUGCGCAUGCGCCAUUGCAUUACUUUUUUUUACAUGCAUAUUUUGCAUUGCGAAACAGCAAAAAUUUUCAAUAUUUGUUAUGACUGUUCUUGGUAGCAAAAGCUGCAAACCCAUUCACCAAAAUUUAUUGCAGAAUACAGAGAUCUUUCAGACAUAAUUUCAGUAUCUCUGAAAAGGUAAAUCCCCAUGGCAGUUAACAUGAUGGCAGGAUUUAUUUUCUGCUUGUUGAUAACUUGUUCUGGUUUUUGUUACGGCUCAGAUGCAGGAGCCAUUAGUUUUAAUUUCCCCCAAACAACUGAUAUCCAGCUGUCGGCAGAUGCAUCCAUUUUUAAUGACACAAUACAGCUUACCGGGAGCCAAUCGAGCCUGGGGUGGGCAACUUAUUCCAACAUUAUUCCUUCACAAGCCCUAGCAAGUUUUUCUACACAUUUCGAAUUCAGCAUGGCCAGAUAUGGUGGUGCCAUCAAUGACAGUGGAGACGGAAUCUCUUUCUUCCUCGCUCCAUUUGACUUUGUGCCCUCCGCCGCCGAUCCGGGCGAAUGGCUUGGCCUGUUCAAAUCUGAAACAGAUGGAAACUCGUCGAAUCAGAUUCUUUCUGUGGAGUUCGACACAUUCAAGAAUGAUUUCGAUCCCGAUGAUAAUCAUGUGGGAAUCGAUGUCAACAGCGUAAAGUCCCAGGUAACCUUUUCAGUAAGCGGUCUUUACGGAGACGCUGUUCUCAACAAUGGAGAAAAAUGGGAAGCAUGGGUCGAAUACUAUGGCGCACUGGAACAGCUUCAAGUGUUUCUUUCAUACAACCCCGGCGGUGCUACUCUAUCUAAACCAGAAAAUCCGGUCUUGUGGUACAAUAUAGAUCUGAGCCAGUUCCUUCCCCCCAAUGUCAAGAUUGGUAUUUCGGCAUCCACUGGGAUCGAAAUUGAGACUCACAUGGUGUACCUCUGGAGUUUCUCAUGUCAAGAUUCAUUGGGAGCCUUACCCACAACGCAAACCCCCAUUAGAAAAAACAAGCAUCACAAUUUUAUUAUAAUCAGCAUUGUUCUUGUUAUUGCUAUUACUAUUACUAUUAUGCUAAUAAGAUGGCUGUGUGGAAGCACCAGAGACUUGGGCAACAGCGUGGAUAAGCUGGAGCGUGGCGUUGUGAAAGAGGAGAGCGAUGAGGAGCUGGACAAACGGAUUGCCAGGGCUGUUCAGACCCUGCACAAAUUUUCAUUUGCUGAGCUCAGCGCCGCUACUGACAACUUCAGUGAAAAUCAAAAGAUUGGAAAUGGCGGCUUUGGGAGCGUGUACCUAGGCAUUCUGCCUGGCACAAAUCAAGCUGUGGCUGUAAAAAGAAUGGAUCCAAAUUCAAAAGGAGGCCAGGGAGAGUACGUGUCAGAAGUGAUUAUAAAUUCUAAACUCACACACCGUAAUCUUGUUGAGUUUUUGGGAUGGUGCCACCAAAAUGGGGAUAUGCUUCUGGUCUACGAAUUUCUGCCGAAUGGAAGUCUUGACAAAUAUAUAUUUGAGGAUCCCAAGGGACCUCUGGACUGGGAUAAAAGAUAUGCCAUAGCCUGUGACGUAGCCUCUGGUCUCGUUUAUCUUCAUCAUGAUCGCCGAGAGAGUGUUUUGCACAAAGAUAUCAAGGCAGCAAACGUUAUGUUGGAUUCAGAUUUCAGAGCCAAGCUGGGAGAUUUUGGUCUAGCGAGAGCGCUGGAAUCUGAGGAGGAAGAGCUUACCAAUACAAAAUAUGGUACAAUUGGGUAUAUGCCACUGGAGUUAGCCUCAACGGGAAUCGCCAGUCGAGAAUCAGAUGUGUUCAGCUUUGGAGCACUCGCUCUUGAAAUUACCUGUGGAAAGCGGCCAGUAGACAAUAGCUUAGCUCAGCAUCAUAACAGAUUGGUCGAAUGGGUUUGGCACUUGCAUGGAGAGAACAGAGUACUAGACGCAGCAGAUGAAAAGCUUGGGGGGGAAGAAAACUUCAAUGAUCAGCAAAUGAAGCGCCUGAUGUUGGUGGGCUUGUGGUGUUCUCAUCCUGAUCCGAAUGAGAGACCAAGUAUGAAACAAGUGCUGAACACUUUGGAAAGAGGAGAUGAAUUGCCUGCUAUUCCUCGGGAUUAUCCACGGCCGGAACCACUGAAAUUUGCCUCACCGUCCUCAGGGACGUCCGGCGGAUGUUUUCCCGGGCUAUCGUUAAGCUGUUUGCGUGUGAAUCCAACAAUGGUUUAGUCCUUCAUUCUCUUUCCCUUGAGUUAGUAAAUCAGGAAUAUGAUGUACUAUACAAUAGAUCUACGACUUUUGUGGACAUGGAUGAGACAGAAGCCCAUUAGGAAUGAGACCUGAAACCCAUGGUCAGUGUAUAUUGGCAAUGCAAUAAUCAUUUUGAUUCUCUCUUA